AUGCACAAGGCAACCAUAAGCGAUCGACGCCUGUUCGCCGAAAGCUACGACGCCGUCUCACAGGCCAGGGAUCCGGACGAUUGGCUAACACACAAGUUGAGGAAGGUCAGAAGUAAACGCGAACUGGAACCUGAUCAAAUGCAACGACGUAAUCAGGAGAAAAUGCUCCUGGAGGAGUUGAAAAACGCCCACGACGAGAAAGAUGCACAACGAGGUGGUCCACGAGACGAAACGCAAUACACCGUUGAAGGUGUUGGAACGCGAGAUCCUUUGGCAGAGUAUCGACGUGAGGAACAACGUUUGAAAAACACGAACAGUCCGUUUGAAGACAUGCCCAGAAGAUCUGAACAUGUGCUUGGCAAUUCCAGACGAGGUCGCCUUCGUAGCAAGCCUCCAACACCUCCACCUCGUGAUCGUAGUCGCAGUCCAGCAAGAAGUGAACGAGCAACGCCAAGUAUCGAGAGCUACAACUAUCGCAAUCACAAUGGUGUCCAUGAUUCGAAUUCGCAUGAUUUCUCAAAUCUCAACACUAUCGUCUAUGGCAACUCUACGGCAACACCAUAUACAUCGAAAUCCGAGCAGCAUAUCCCGAACGGUCAUCUGCCAUCAUCAACAGGCCGUCGUGAGCCUGCAAGCGGUAUCCUUCGCGGAAUGUCGCACCAAGAACAGCGUCCCGAAUCGCGCCCCACCCUUCAACGUCGUCAAUCCUUUGGUACCGAACGGCCACCGUUCCAAUACGCUGACACCACUAUACAACGUAACCCUAAUGAACCACCCAAAUACAUCUCAGGACAGGAGCGUGUCGCAGCAGCUAUCUAUCGAGCUGAAACACCCCAGCGGGAACUCUACGCCAGUGGAACCAUACACCGAUCUGAGACGCCCAAUCGGUACUUCCCCGAAAAUGGAAAGGCUUUUCAGAGCACAUUCGGUCGCAGUGAAACACCAGCGUUUCCGAUUUUACGUGAAACGCCCGUGCCUUUUCAUCCUCUCCUCUAUGGCCAAAAUGGCACCAGUCGACAAGAUCUGGAAUCAUCAAAUACGCUCAACUACAGGUAUAUUGAUUAG